GUUACAGGGAAAGAGAAAAAAACAGGUGAGUAGGAAAUAGAUACCCAAAAACCCUAACAUAUAAUAGCAGCAAGAGAAGAUGACGUGUUGGAGGCGUCUUCCCAUGUAGGCUGUCGUAGUUUUGCUACUUUUAUCAUUUAUCUCCGUCUUCCUCUCCUACUCUUUAGGGUUUUGUUUGCAUCCGUAAAACAAUUAAUACCCUCUGCAGAUAUGCAGCCCAGUUAUGGACUUCCACAGACGACUCCUCAUCAGCACCAACAUGAGCAGACCGUGCCAAUGGAUAUUGGUGUCUGUUCCUCUUCUCUUUUCUCCAUUUCUAAUCCUCUCUACCAGCCACAGAAACAACCCCAGAACCUUUUUCAAUUGCUUCAGCAGCAUCAUCACCAUCAGCUUCAGCCAUUUCAACAACAAGACCCUUUUUUCCCUCUUAAUUUCAAGCUGGGACUCAAUGAUAAUGCUACGGCUAACAAAGAGGCUCUUUUGACUCAACAAUUCACUUCUUCGUUUCUUCAAGGCGCGCAUUCUGUCGCAGUAGUACCUCCUCCUUGGAAUCCCCAGGAAGAUUCUGCUGCCAUCAAGGAACCCAUUUGGAAACCUCUCGAGAAAGAAGUCAUCAAUUCUGGAAAUAUAGAGUGCAAUGACAAUAAAGAACAGGAAAUGGAGGGAAAAAACGGCAAGAAAUCAGCUUUCAGAGAAGUCGAUGAAAGCAGUGGGAGGCGCAAGAAUUUGGAGAAUAAGUGCAGACUCUUUGGUGAACUUGAAGCGAUAUAUAGUCGUGCAAAUAUUGGCGAACUAAAUAAUCAAACGGGUUCUGGGUCUGCCCUCACCGGACAAAACUCACCCACAAUACAAUGCAGCAAUAAUCAUUGUGAAAAUGUUGAUGCUGGUAUCGCUGGAGCAGGAGUUGAUCCGGGCUCCGAUAUCUCCAUAGGAAGAGAAGCUUCGCUGUGGAAGACCCAAAAGAGGAAGAAGAAGAAGAAGAGGAACUUGAGGGAGCAUCUGGGUUCAAUGACUGGUUUUUUUGAGAUGUUGGUUAAGCAGGUGAUGGAUCACCAAGAGGGUCUUCAAAGAAAGUUCAUGGAAGCGAUUGAGGGAAUAGAGAAAGAGAGGACAAGGAGAGAAGACUCAUGGAGGCGCCAACAGGUUGAAAAGCAUAACAGGGAAGCUAUAGCAAGAGCCCAUGAGCAAGCUGUAGCUUCAAAUAGAGAAGCUAUCAUUAUCUCAUACAUAGAGAAAAUCACAGGGCAGAGCCUCAAUCUUCCUUGUAGAAACCCUCCAAUGUUGUUUCAACCAGAAAUCAAAAGACCAAAGGAACCCGUUAAUGCUGACUCGAAUAGCAGAUGGCUUAAAGCUGAAGUUGAGGCUCUGAUUGAAGUUAGAAGUAGCCUAGAAACGAGAUUCCAAGAACCAGGGGUAAAGGCACCUGUCUGGGAAGAGGUAAGCUCCUUAAUGGCUUCAAUGGGGUAUCAAAGAAAUGCCAAAAGGUGUAAAGAAAAAUGGGAGAACAUAAACAAGUAUUUUAGGAAAGCCAAAGAGAGUGGCAGAUCAAAGCUUUCUCUAAACUCUAAAACCUGCCCUUAUUUUGAUAAACUGGAUCAGCUCUAUUUCAGUACUCCUCUUAGGCGUUUUACUAAGAGUGAUGAUGAAGAAGCAGUAAGACAAGGCUAUUCAGAAGUUUCAGAUGCCCUUGUUUCAGGGAAGGAAAGUGGCAACUCCGAAUAUGGUGAAAUGGGUUCCUCAAAAUUGAAUCUAGAUGGAAUUGCUGAUGAAGAAGAAAGCCAGGAAAAGGAGAACUUAAACCAUGAGUAUGGCAAAGACAGUGAGCAAGAAGAUUGUAGAAGUGAUGACGAUGAUGAUGGAGAAGAAUGAGAAUUAACAUUCAUUAGAUUGAUUAGUUGGUUUAUCAUAUAUGUGCAGGUAAUUCUUUUCCAGGUCUAAGAUAUUAUUUUAUUUUUGUUAAGUAUUUGCUCGAGUUUGACAGUUUCAUUGGAGAUUCUUAGCAGUAAAUUAACUUUCCAAGUUCAGUUGGA